AUGCCGUUCACAACGCAGGGACCAGAUGUUCCCGUCAUUGACGUCCAUUUCCACUAUUUCAUGCCUGAUGUCUUGGGCCCAGCGAGGGAGUUUGUUAUGGCAACGCCAGAUGAGCGCGAAACUGCGAUGGAAAAGCUGCAUUCUCGAACAGUGAUAUACUCUCCAGUCAUUUGGAGCAAGUACAACAGUGAGUGGUCCGCUAAGGAAUGGGCAAGCCUCUGCCGAAAGUUCAUCGACCACCAAGCAGCCGAGGUCGAGAGGGCACCCGCGUCUGUUGGAUCAUUCGCACCUCUUCCUUUCCCUCACGUGGAUGAGACACUGGAAAUGCUGGAGUAUGCCGAGGAGCAGUGCUCGACCAAGCCUGAUGGGUAUGCCAUAACAACAUCUGCUGGCAACAAGUAUCUUGGAGAUCCAUCCUACGACGAAAUCAUGGCCGAGUGUGAUUCCCGCGAGGUGGUGCUCUUUGUGCACCCGAAUGAGACAGUCAUGCCACCCCUUGACCCCAACGUCUAUGGCUGGCAGAUGAUCGAAUUUCCGACAGAGACGUCGCGCUGUCUGAUGUCCAUGAUUGACCAAGGUACCUUUACCAAAUACCCGAAAAUCAAGUGGAUCUUCAGCCAUAACGGUGGAUCUUUCCCGUACCUAUUCCAGCGCUGCAUCCGAACACUGUCGGGCUCUAAGCUGGUUGGUGUUGGGGGUCCGGGCGCGAAGCAGGUGAACCGCAUCGCAAAUCACAAUGAUGGCCAAACAUUGCAGCACAUAUUCGGUAAUGGAAAUAUCUACAUCGAAUGUUCGCAGGGCACAGCUUCACAGACCGUGCUCCUGAAAAGCCUGGGCAUCAGCGCGGAAAAUAUCUUGACUGGCAGCGACUGGCCAUUUACUGGCAAGGAAGAUGUGACAUUGACACUUAACGAGAUGUACGGACCUGAGAAAAGUGGCAUGUACACCCCACAGGAAAUUGAAGCGAUCCGUGCGGGGAAUGCAUUGAGGUUGAUACCAAGACUCAAGAAGGAGUACAUCAAGAAGGGUUGGUUCAAUGUUGAGUAA